AUGCUCACAGACGGUUCUAGUCUACCAGCAAUUGGAAGUGUGAUGUACCCAGUUCCAGAAUGGACCGAGGAGGAACAAGUACCAUGUUCCACAGCAGUAGCCAGUUCUGAGUAUGAUGCGAAAAAAGAGGCAGAGGAAUUUGUAAGGGAAAAGAAAGACAAAAAAUGCCUGAGAGUUAGACAUAUUGAUGAUGUCAUUGGUAAAGGUGUUUUUGCACUUAGAGAUUUCUCCAAAGGGGAGUUUUUGCUUGAGUAUGCUGGGGAGCUUUUAAGGUUUGCAGAAGGCAGAAAGAGAAUGAAGGACUACCCCUUGAAUUUAGGAAGUUUCAUUUACUUGUUUAGUUUCAAGGACAAACAAUUUUGGGUGGAUGGAACUUACUCAAAACAAAAAGGGAAAUAUGUGAAUGAUGCAGCCCCUAAAUCAAAACAAAAUAAUUCUGUAAUGAAAAUACUUGAAGUAGACGGAGUUCCACAUCUUGUGCUAUAUGCAUCAAGAAAAAUUUGUAAGGGGGAAGAAAUACGUUAUGACUACGGAGAAAAGAACCUUCCUUGGAGGAAAAAAGAAACAAAAAGAGAUGAAAUACCAAAAGAAACAAAGGAACCUAAGAAAGGAAAUGAAAAAGAAGAAUUGGCACAGAUGAUGUCCUGUAAAGUAGUGUUGCAAAAAUUAAAAAUAAAUUCACCUUACACAACUCCAACAAAUGUCGAUGACAACCAGAAUGUUGAAGAUUUGGCUGAAGGGGAGGCCAUAACCUCAGGGGACUUGGGACUCCCACAAUUGCAUAGCCAGAAUGAUGAAGAUUUGGCUGAAGGGGAGGCCAUAACCUCAGGGGACUUGGGACUCCCACAAUUGCAUUGCCAAAAUGUUGAAGACUUGGCUGAAGGGGAGGCCAUAACCUCAGGGGACUUGGGACUCCCACAAUUGCAUAGCCAGAAUGAUGAAGAUUUGGCUGAAGGGGAGGCCAUAACCUCAGGGGACUUGGGACUCCCACAAUUGCAUAGCCAGAAUGUUGAAGACUUGGCUGAAGGGGAGGCCAUAACCUCAGGGGACUUGGGACUCCCACAAUUGCAUAGCCAGAAUGUUGAAGAUUUGGCUGAAGGGGAGGCCAUAACCUCAGGGGACUUGGGACUCCCACAACCAGGCAACCAGAAUGUAGAACAUUUGGUUGAAGAUGAGGACAUUGCCUUGGAGGAGGUGGAACUCCUACAAUUGGAUGCUGAUGAGACAAUAGAAAAAAAUGUUCAGCUAUCAGUGGCAGAUUUGUCUUAUCAAGAAAGAGCAUCUUUGCAAGUUGAGAGAAUAUGGGCCCAGUCAGAGAUAACAGAUUUCAUAAUUGGGUCAGUUCAUGGAAUUAAUAUCACUGACCGAGAUAUUAAAUCACUUCAAGGAAAUCAGUGGCUGACAGAUCAGGUCAUCGAUGGAUAUUUGAAGAUUCUUUGUCAGACAGAACUUGAUAAAGGACAGUUGAUUCUGCAUGUUCCAGUUCAGACUAUGACAGCUAUUAGCACAGGGAAAUAUUUUAAUGACCAGUCUUCAAAAAUUUUUUCAAAACAUGUCCUGACAUAUUAUGACACUGUUCUAGGAGUGUGUCACCUGAGAGGAUCACACUGGGUACUCGUGAUUUUGCGGCCAUGUGAAGGAAACUUCUACUUCCUUGAUUCCAUGGGAUUCUCAAAAGAAAGGGCCAAUAAAGUACUACAUUAUUGGAGAAAUUUUUUGAGCAUGAGGUGUUUGGAGAAACAAAUCUCUUGGAAACUGUGCCACCAAGAAUUGUCUAUGCAAACAGAUGGCUACAAUUGUGGAGUUUUUUCAACACUGUUUGCAAGAAAAUUUUUGGCUCAUCAGCCCCUUACAAGUAUAACUAAAGAAGAAUUGAACCAAGAAAGGAGACAUAUUGCAGAGAAACUUUUACAAUACGAAGUGUUUCUGAAGUAUUCAUGUCCUUGCUGUGGACUUGAGAUUUCCAGUGAAGAGAAGAUUCCUUGUAUAAUCUGUGGAAGGAAUUUUCACAAAAAAAGUUUCUGUGUGGGAGAAGAAAAUCUUGCAGAGGAAACAGUGAGCAUUCUUUGCAGAGGAUGCAAUCAGGAAUUACAGAUUUCCUCAGAGCAGAAGAUAAAAGAGAAAAAAGAAGCAGGUUUUCCAGAAGGUGCUAUUGACAUCCUUAUCUGUGGGAGGUGUAACACACAAUAUGAGGAUAUAGAGGCAUUUUUAGCACACAAACAAGCAAUCUGUUCUUUCAAGAAGAUGUUUUCAGCAAGUGAUCAAAAGCUAAAGGAACCAAUUAAACAAGAAACUCAACAUGUAGAUCUUACCCAGCAUACAGAAUCCUCAGAGGCUGCAUCAACAGAAUGUUCCCCAUCUCAUACUACAGAGUCUUUUAAGGCCCAAUCAGCAGAGACAUGCACAUCUCAAAUGUCUUCAACAGAAAAAAAUAACAUAUUUACAAAUGAAAAGAUCACAUCAGAAAUAAAAACCAAACUUGCCUCAAAGAUCAAAAAGAGACCCCAUAGACCAUGCCCAUUUUGCAACAAAAUGCAGUCGGCACUAAGCAGACACAUACAGAAGUGUCACAAAGAGGAAGAAGAGGUUAAAGCUGCACUAAAGUUGCCAGGACCAGAAAAGCAACAAGCUUUUAAAAACAUGAAAAGACAAGGAAUUUAUCAGUACAAUGUUAAAGCGCUAUGCAAUGAGUCUGAAGAAGAACUGAUAAAAGAAAGAAAAACUGCUGCACAUAAAUCUUACACACAAAUGGCAAUGUGUUCCCUUUGCAAGGCAUUUUUAAAUAAAAAUACAAUGCAUCGCCAUAAAAAAAUAUGUAAAAGGGCAGAGGAAACAACAAUACCACCUUGUGGAAUUUCACUAAAUGUGUUUAAAGAAGUAGAGUAUCCUGCAAGUUAUGUUCAGUUUGUUUACACUAGAAUUCAAGCAGAUGAUGUUGGAAUGAAAAUAAGGGAUGAUACCUUCAUUAAGGACUAUGGUUUCAUGGAGUACCAAGCAAUUGAGGGAUCAAGUUUUAAACUGACAGAAAAACUAAAUACACUGCGAUCAAAAUUGAGAAGACUUGCCAGGCUUUUCAUGGAGUUUCAAAAAAUUGCUUCAGAGGCAGGAGUUGUAGUAAAACAUUGCUCUGAAAUGUUUAAUGUAAAAUCUAUUAAACUACUUAGCACUGCAGUUAAUUCUAUGACAAUUGACCCUGAAGGUGAAAUGAAAAGUGGAUUAAGAUUGGGGCUAAGAUCUUUAAUUCUUGAAGUGAGCAACUCAAUCUACUCCACUCACAUGCUUAUGGGAGAAGACGACAAAGCGCUUGAGGCUGAGAAGUUUAGAAAAGUCCUUCAAGUUCGAUGGAAAUCCUUCUUUAGAUCAGCACAGGAAGCAAUUAUUAAGAAGAGGCAAAAUGAAUCAAGAGACCCAAAACGUCUGCCCUCUGUUGAGGAUAUUAGGCAAAUUCAACAGUUUACAAAAAGCAGUGUAAAAGAAUUAGUAAGUGAUGCAACAUAUUCACUAAUGACCCAAACUUUGUUUUGUAAACUUAGAAACUUCAUUGCCAGUCGUCUAACAUUAUUUAAUGCUAGAAGAGGAGGGGAAGCAACUAGACUCACUGUUUCAGAGUUAAAGGAUGCUUUUAAAGACAAAUGGGUAGAUGAGUCAUUUAUAAAGAAAGACACUGAAAGUGAUGAUUUUGAAAAAAUGGCAUGUCAGCUUAAAUGUGCUUAUCUACAUUCUUCUAAGAAGUCAGAACUAGUGCCUGUCAUAAUUCCAGAGGAUUGCUGGAAGGGACUCCAAAUGCUUGCUGAUGUUGAAAAUAGAAAACUGGCGGGCAUACAUCCUCAAAAUGAAUUUGUAUUUGCCAAUACCGAAGAUUCAGUUGACCAUGUGAGUGGAUGGCAAUGUGUACGUGAUGUAUGUGAGAAAGCCGAUGUGCCUAGAAACAUAACUGCAACGGAUAUGAGACAUUUUGUAGCUACUCACUAUGCAUCCCUAGAAGUUCCUCAGCAGGAAAGAGACUUUUUUAUCCAAAAACAUAUGGGUCAUUCAAAAUUUAUAAAUGAAAAUGUUUACCAGUGCCCUCCUGCUGUCAGAGAGAUAAAAAUGGCAGGAAAAUUUCUAAUGACACUGGAUUCAUAUGAAGGUGAAAAUGAAAUAGUUGACCAAAAUGAAAUCAACAGCAGUCUGUGUUUUCCAGAAGAAGCGUUGUCAAAUGAGAACAGUUGCAUUGAUGAAACUUAUAAACCUGACAGCGAAAUUGACUCUGUGAAAGAACAGUCCAAGAAUGAACAUGGAAUUAAACGAAAGUAUAUUAGUAGACCUCAGGAAGCAAAGAGAUCAAGGAAGGAUGUUGAUGAGUCUGAUUCAUCAAGUGAACAUGAUGUCGGACCAGAAGAAAUCAAAGAAAUAAGACAAGAGCUUGACCUUAAUAUAAAGUCUAGAAGUAAACGACACAUCUGGACAAACGAUGAAAAUUCACUUAUAAGUGGAUAUUUUGCUGAAGAAAUAAAAAAUAGAGAAGAAGAAGGAAACAAAGGGGCAUUGAAUAUAAAGGAUAAAGUCAAGAGGUUUAUUGAACAAUACCCAGACUUUCUGAAGGAAGAAGAAGUUGCUAAGAGGAAAUCCAUGAUCAGAAUAAAGGUUAUAAACAACAGAAGAAGAUUUAGAGAAGAGUUUUUUAAAAAAUAUGGACCAUUAUUUAAUUGUGAAAAAAAGGAGAGAACAAAAUAAGCCUAUUGGAGUCAUGGAGCAAAAGGAUUCAUGUUGGAAUUUUAUAGGACUGUUCAAGUAGCAAGCCUUUAAGCAUUACAUGUGGAAUUGAUAUUGAAUAACGAAGAAAUUCUUGAUUUCCAUUCAAAGUCAGGAAUGGUGAACAUUUAAAAAGCAUCUCUAGUCUCAUGUUGAAGAAUUCAUAAUGCAGUCUACAACCUGAAGAGCAAUUUUUAUAAUUAUUAGCUUCUUGCAGAAGAAUUUAUAUUGGAGUCUGUAAAUAGAAGAUAUUUCAUAUUUAGAAGAUUUCAUAUUGGAAUCUUCAGUUAGAGGAUUUCAUAUUGGAAUCUUCAUUUAGAAGAUUUCAUAUUGGAGUCUUCAUUUAGAAGAUUUCAUAUUGGAAUCUUCAGUUAGAAGAUUUCAUAUUGGAAUCUUCAUUUAGAAGAUUUCAUAUUGGAGUCUUCAUUUAGAAGAUUUCGUAUUGGAGUCUUCAUAUAGAAGAUUUCAUAUUGAAGUCUUCAUUUAGGAGAUUUCAUAUUAGAGUCUUAUAGAAGAUUUUUUUCUUUCUUUUUUAAUUUAUUUAAAAAAAUUUAAAUUGGGAAAUUCCCUGUAGGAUGAUUCAUUUUUGAGUGAGUCAGGAGAUUAUUUUGGAGUCUGUCUGCAGAAAUAUCUUCAAAAAAUUCAAUUUGGAAGUUAACCAGAAUAUUUCAUGCUGGAUUUUAUCUUAUGUGCAACAAGUUCAUCAUGGAGUCUUCCGUGGAGAUAACUUAUGUGAGAGUGGAAUCUUCAAGCUUUUGUUUAAAAUACUAACACAGAGAACAGUAUUCAAAUCUAUAACUAUUUUUUUUUCAAACUGAAAGACUCAAUUUGAAAUGACAUUUUGUGGGUCAGUACCAAGGCCAUGCUCUAGGUAUGAACAGUUUCUAAGGUUGAUAAAACAGGACUACCAACAGCCUCGAUUGAAGUCAUCUUUUCGUAAGUUCUUACAAUCUUCCACUGGGUCGCAUGCUGACUGACGUUUUUCAUACUAAUUGUUAGACCGUAAUGAAUAACCUAAUUGUCUGCAGCUUUUCUCCAUUUUACCGAUUACGACAAAUAGCACACGGCGGGUGUGACUGGUCAGCAGAGGAUGCUUACUCCCCCUUGGCACCCGAACCUAUCUCUAAUUCUUUUAGAGGUCUUUGUUUGCUUUGCUCCUGUAUUUUGACUUUUGAUUUUGAACACUGUUUAUUAUCACCACAUGUCAUCAUCAAAACUUACUUUGAAAAAAAUUAUCUUGUCGAAAACUCUAUAGAAAAUAUACUUUGAUUUAUCACAUGUUUAGCUCAAUAUCACUCGUGUAAUAAAUUUUUGAUUGUACACUGUAUUCUUAAACAAUGUGACGUCAUAAUCAAACAUUAAAGGUAGCUUAGGCAGUUGAUUGACAUAGAAUAAAAGAGUAAAAAAAUAUUUCUUUUGAAAAAUGUGGAGUUGUUAAUGUGAAGCAUUUAAUGCUGUUUUAUUUGCUUUCAUGAAUUGAUAAAAACCUAUGUUCGAAAAUGAAAUGUUUGUUUGUUAAUCUUUAGAGAACUUUUUUCUGUGUGUAAAGUUUUUUACACAUCUUGUAAUGAUAUGUUGAGCAGUUCACAAUUAAAGUUUUUAUAGAAAAGAUUGGGGUUAACCAAGAGACAUGGUAAAGCAUGUGAUAAAAAGAAUCUCUCACCAAGGCUCAAGGAUAGAAAGCACACUAUGAGUUCAAUAAAAAUCAGAUACCAGGCACG